CGACAAGGCCCCAACAUCCCGCCCACCAAGCCCCCCAGUUGCCCGCAUGGAACGUUGAUGAUCUCUGGAAUCCUCAAAUCUUGUUCGCUCCGAGGCGUGUGCACAGUAACAGCCAGCCGCCCGCCAGGAGCUGCCAAAGAGUGAUGGGAGGAGGGACGAGUACGACGACACCAUGGACCAUGGCAGUCUCCAAGACGAGCCUGUUUCGCGCUCCAGCCCGUUCCUCGACCACCUCGACCACUACGAUUACAAUAGCCAGGAUCAAUCGCCCCUCUCGCCACAGCGCCAACACCAUUACCGCGACCCUUUCGACGACAUAGACGCCCUCGGCCCCGGCCCGAACCCUCCCGCACCCUUCGACUCGUACGCCGCCGCAAAUCUACACGCUUUUUCUGCCAAUGCCCUCGCGACCGCCCACGAUCCACAGCCCCCCGACGACUCUGUAGACCCCGCCGACUUUUACCGCAGUUACCAGAGCGCGCAGCCGACCGAGAAUGCUGGGGAUGCCUCCCCGCCAGUGAAGGACCCCAUGGCCCAGGCGACCAUACCCGGCAGCACGCGGCAAGCGCCGUCGUUGCGGUCGAACGGUAACGGAACGACCCCUAAGCACCCCGCCGUUCCGGUAAACCAUCGCAGCGCCGUCCGACCGAACCAGCGUUCCGCCUCCACACCCGUCAACAGCCGAUCAGCAAAUUCAAAUUCUGCGGCGGGGGGAACGAGACCGUCAGCGACCGCCGAGGGUGGGCGUGGCACAGCCGGCGGGACGCCGCCGAGUGUCAAGGAUCUUAAAAAGAAAUUCGACCAGUCGUCCUCGCAGUCCGCCUCCGGCGGUCGGAAAUCCGUCCCGAGGGCGUCAACCCGAGACACGGCGUCGAGCAGCGUUAAUGGGAGGUCACCCAGUACAACCUCACACGGUACACCGAGGGCGACGGCGACACGAGACAGAGAGAGGGACACAGGGCGCGGCACAGCUAAAGGCUCCGGGACCCGGAGUUCGCAGCGAUCCAAAGAGCCUACCGAAGACCAAACGUCCGGCAAUUCGCAGUCGUUUGCAAGCAGGAUAUCCAGGCCUCGCACCGCGGGUUCCACAACGACGACAAAAACACCCAAGCCCAUGGCACAGCCUGCUCCGCCACGUCAAAACGGCCUUUUGUUUGGCGAGAUCCUGCCGGAUCAGAGCGACGCCGUCACACCAGGGUUCGGCAUCGAACCGGCCCGGCCGAGGAGGACUUCCGAAUCCCACAUCAUCAACCCCCGGCGGGCACAGAUGAGAACUCUCUCGAAUCCGGAUAUCGCGGACACCGAACCCCCGUCACCCACCGAUUGGUACCGCGCCGUAGACCCGGUUGAGCAGCAGAACACGGAUCACCACGUGUCGAAGAUACCAAAGAGCCAUCAUUCUCGGGCGCGCAGUGACCUUGCCGGAUCGAAAUUAACGUUGAGCCGUCCAGAUCGUGGUGCAGAGAGGCACGAUGUCGACUCCCCGAUUUCGCCCACGUCCCCGGCCUCGCCAACCUCACGUCUUCCGCGACUAGCUCGGAGAAUGAACGACGCCUCGAGCCAUGGAAGCCCAGCGUCAACGCGCUCCAACUCUCCCUCCACCUUCAACAAGUAUUCCACAACAAGCGGGAGAACAUCCCGACAACAUGUCUCAUCAACAUCACGCGCGAGGACGCCCACAGGGAACACCGCUCCCAAGACGUCAAGCCGAACCUCUGGCUCGACUCGCAAACCGCCGCCAUCAAAUAUUGCAACUCGACCCAGUAGCCGACCUAGUAGCCGGCCUAGCAGCCGGCUCAAUGCCUACGUCUCUGUGCCGACUCCCAAAUUAUCCCCGAGUCUACGCAGCUCGCGGCCGCGCCAGUCAGUUGCUACCGCCACGACUGCAGCCUCGAGAAUGCGAACCGUGGAGGCGAGCGCUUCCCCUCUCAGGCAAACGCAACGCAGGACAGACGAGUCGACUCCCCGGAGGCGCAAGGUGUCCGUUGGCGCAAUAGACUUCGCCCAACGACGGGAAACUAUCAAGCUCGCCUACAGCAAGUCCAUCCGGGAAACCCAGGCGAAAGAAGUUAGGCAGGCCGCUGCAGAGAAGAGAAAGAAAGAGUUGGCUGCUGUCGCCAGGGCCAAGGUUGAGGCAGAGGCGGCUACAGCGGCGGCUGUUGCUAACGCUACGGCAGCUGCUGCAGCUGCAACGACACCGCCUAAGAAAGCCGGCGACAACGGUCGACCCUCAGAGACGCCCACCGAACAGGAAGAACCCCAGGAUGAAGAGCCACAAGAGUCCGAGGCCGACAUGCUUACACCGCAACCGCCGGCAGAAGAGUUCCGCGCCCCUCUCGAUUCGUUAAGGUUAGAAAUACCAGGCAGUUUCCCGGGUACCGGGUCCCCAUUAGACGAACAGGACGAAGUUCCCCUUUCCGCCAUUUCGACGACGAGCGCGGUGACAGAGUUCGAUACCGAGGUGCAGACCGAGCCUCCCAGGCAGGAGAUCCCGAUAUCUAUUGAUAGCGGGCUGGGAGUGAUCACGCCGGAUCCAGCUCAAACCACACCCCAUCAACCCGAAACAGUCGAGCAGCAGCUCCCCGAGCAAAUCGCCGUUCCGGCUCUACACAAAAGAGCAACAUAUCAGUCCCCAUUUGAUGACGAGGCCGAUGAAGACGACAACGUUUCCAUCAAGAUCUCCCUUGACACAUCUUCGGUCCCCAGGCCGCAAUCAUCUCCCGAGCUCACACCAACUCGCGCGACCUUUGAACCCGAACCCAACCCCGAGCCCAAUACUGCAGCUCCUCCGGCCGAAGACGAUGAAUAUGUGCCCCGGCCGUACACCUUCUCCGACAACUACGAAACCACCAUCACGAUUUUGGGCCCGGAGACUGAUUUCAGGCCGUUCCACAAGGAGCUGCCUCGUGCAACCAUACCCCAGCCCAACUUGCCUCAAGCAGAUGAGCCUCCCGCCACCAUUACCCCUGAGAUUAUUGCUUCUGAGACAUCGCAUCCCGGCGAUGGCCAUUUUGGGGGACCCCAGAUUGAGGUGGAGACGCUGGACCGCAUCGAAGACUUCUAUACCGGACCACGCCUGCGCGACAACAUUGCGGCUCUACGUGACUCGACUUUCACUUCCUCCGAUCCUAGCACGCCUCUUGAUGGCCACCUGCCCUCAGCGGAGUACCAAACCUUGCCGGACCAGUCACACAGUCUCGCUGUGCCUGGGCUGCUCGCACCGGGGAACCGUUCAAGUCAGCACUCCGCGUGGACCGACUUUUCAUUCGGGAGUGAAGACCGCGACACUGGCCACCCAAGUUCCACAUCCCAGUCGCAUGAAGUAGACGCACAUGACGACGGGGAGUCGUUCAGAGCCGUACCUUCAACAGGCGACCUCAGUACUUGUGCAUCAAGUCUCGGUGAAUCUACGCAAAGCCCAGAGGCAUCACCGCUGGACCAGUCCGGCGCCCCGCCCUCCCCUAUGAUACCCGAUCUGUUGGGCAGUCAGCAGCAGCUCCCCGAACUUAGUGCUGCGGGAUCUUUCACGCAGCGAAGUGAAUCGGAACCCGGGAGCGUAGCGCCGCUUCCAGAACGCGAUCCUCCCUGCCCUCCCGCAUCCGAGCGCGAGUACAGGCGGGAGAGCACUUUGUAUCUUGCGGAGAGCCGGCCAGAGAGCUACGCAUACAGCCACGACGGGGAAAGAGAUCUAUCCGGGACCGUGUCACCGCCUCAGUCCCUUUCUCAACUCCGCCUUGACCAAGAGCCAUCUCGUGUCUCACUGAGUGAGACACUCUAUGAUGGGCAGACGCCGCUGACAGAAAAGGAGCAAGAAGAGCAGAAGAGGCUCCGCCAGAGGCAACUGGUUAUCCGAGAGCUCAUCGACACGGAAGACGCCUUCGUCCGAGACAUGACUGUCGUUGAGGAGAUCUACAAGGGCACGGCCGAGGCGUGCCCCAACCUCGACAAUAAAACUGUCAAGUUGAUCUUCAGGAACACGGACGAGAUCAUCGCUUUUCACGCCGCCCUGUUGGUCGAGUUUAAGGAGGGAGCAUCGACCAUCUACACCCCCAAGGGCAGGCGGUCUCCUCCCCCGGUGCCAGAUACGAAAGACUCGGACACAGCGACCCUGAACUCCGUUUUCUCUACGAACAAGCCCGAGCGGAACGACGAAAAGGAUCGCCUCACCCUGCUUGGAUCUGUGUUCUCCAAGAAUAUUGAGCAGCUGAAGGCAGUUCAUGAGGUUUAUCUGAGAUCCAGCGACAACUCCUCAAAGCGGCUUGUGCAGAUUCAGGAAGACAAGACCGUCAUGCUCUGGCUCAAUGAGUGCAACGAGGUGGCGAAGGAGCUGACAAGCGCCUGGAACCUGGAUUCGCUCCUCAUCAAGCCAAUGCAGCGCAUCACCAAGUAUCCCGAUAUUAUUACCCAUCUCCUAAAGUACACCCCAGAGGACCAUCCGGACCGCGAAUCGCUCGUUAGUGCGAGGACGGUAGUGAUUGACGCCAUUGACGAGAUCAACAAGACCAAAAAGAACUUCGAGUUGGUCGGCCAGAUCGUCGGCAACCGGAAGCGCAAAGACUCUGACGUCCGGGCUGGAAUAGCUAGAGCCUUCGGCAAGCGCGUCGACAAGUUACAGGUGUCUGCCACCAAAACGGCCGAAGACGAGGACUACCAGAAGUUUCAGCAGCAGUUUGGGGACGACUAUCUGCGGCUCCAGGUCGUUCUACGCGACGUAGAGUACUACUCCAGGAAUGUUGCGACCUACGUUCAUGAGUUUCUCCAGUAUCUCUCCUCCAUGGAGCUCGUCAUGCGCCUCCAGCCGUCCCGAGACUAUGCUCACUUGGAAAGCAAAUGGGUGCAGUUCAAUGUGUCGAUGAGAGACAUCGAGAAGAUCGCCUUGGAGAGACAUCUUACCGACGUCCGGAAGCAUGUCAUUGAGCCGUUUGAACAGGUCAUCAGGUGCUACGGCAACCCCUCGCUCGCUAUGAAGAAGCGGGCUAAACGGCGUUUGGACUACGAAAAAUACAUGGUGCUAAAGGCCAACGGCAAGAAGAUAGACAAGCAACUCGCGGAGCUGGUCGAGCAGUACGAGGCGCUUAACGACACGCUCAAGAAGGAGCUCCCCAAACUCUCUGCCAUGACAGCCAAGAUCGGCAAUAUCUGCCUGGGCAAGUUCAUCAGCAUUCAGGCGGCUUGGUUUGCCAUAUGGAAGGAGAAGGUCAAAGCGCCGCUGUCCGACGUUACGCACGUCCCCGAACUCUCCGAGAUUGUGUCCAGCUUCCAGCGAGAAUUUGCGUUGCAAGAGGAGCGGGCAAAGGCUCUCAGUAUUGUCAACCCCACGCUUAAGGGCAGGGCGUCCCAGUCGACCGCCGACGAUGCUUCUUCCAUCCUCUCCAAAACCAAGUCACGGCCGAGCGAUAUCCUCUCGCCCCGCGGGAGGGGCUUGUCUAUUAACAGUGAUCACAUUCCGGCCCUCCCUACGCCCGACUUUGUUAAGCGCAACAGCGGGCAGUUUAGUUUGUCCCCGGCAAGCAGUGCCCUUCCCAGCCCUGCCAACUACUACCGCGACUACUACUCCGGCAUUAACGGCUACCCCCGUGGCAGCGCCGGCUCGCCCGUCACGCCCGCCGAUACCACCAACGGAAGCCGCCCCGCGGUAGGCGCGGUCCCCCCUUCCAUGCGCCCUAGCACCGGCCGCAGCUUUGACUCGACAAGCCUGCCGAGGCAAAGCUCCGAGUCCACCGCCAUGUCGACCAACCGGCGUGAUUCGAACUCGACCUUCAACUCGAGCUACCCAGCUCACAGCGCCGGUACCGAUCAACAGACCAGGCGCCUUUCUGGCCUGUUCAACUCUGCACUACCGCUGCCGGACGGGCCGGAGGAAAGCGCCAGGUCGUCGAGAGCUUCGUCCAGGGACAGGGGAGCAGCUGCCAGCAACGGGUAUAACGUGCUUUGGCUGGCCGCGUCGCUGUUUGAGUUCAACAUUGAGACAACCAAGCAUGAGGCUGGGUAUCCUUACCUGACGUAUCAAGCGGGUGAAAUAUUCGACGUCAUUGCUGAAAAGGGCGAGCUCUGGCUAGCCAAGAACCAAGACGAUCCGCGCGAUAUCGUCGGGUGGAUCUGGUCGAAGCACUUUGCCAAGUUGGCCGAUUCGUAAUCGUGCUCAUCCUCUGCCCUUUUAUGGGGGGGCGCUGCUGUUGCUACCAACCCGCGGGGUGCUGUGAUACCCGCCAUGUCGACUCCUGAGUGGGAUCGGCAUCCUACGUGCGACCGGUGUACUGGUUCCUUUACAUCAUUUUAUUGCAGAUGCCGUAUGGG